AUACGCUGUCAGAGAAUCGGCGACUAAAAUCAAACUUUAUAAAAACUUCAAGGAAAGGAGCAAUGCUUUGAAGGUCAAUUUUACUGUUGAAGGAAUUUUUGGAGGUACAUUACUAGGUGUAAAAAGUUCGACUUUUUUAAAUUUAUACGACUGGGAAACAGCUUUAGUCGUGAGAAGAAUUGAUGUAAUUCCGAAAAGUGUUUAUUGGUCAGAUAUUGGUGAUCUUGUGACCAUCGCCUGUGAAGAUACUUUCUAUGUCUUACGUUUUAACCGCCUAGCCUAUGUACAAUUUUUGGAAAGUGGGGGCGAAGUUGGCGACGAAGGUGUUGAACAAGCCUUUGAAUUCGUGACAGAGGUUCCAGAAAGCAUCAAAACGGGAACAUGGGUUGGAGACUGUUUUAUUUAUACAAAUACUGUCAAUCGUCUGAAUUAUCUUGUUGGUGCACAGACCUUUACUAUUAGUCAUUUUGAUAC